CUAAUAAUCGCCACUGAGACCGACACGGAAAUGCCAGAAUCACAACAAGGCUGAAGAUAUUACGUACUCAGAGCUGCAAGAACUGUAAUGUCGAGGUAGGCCAGGGAUCUUAUCACAACAUCGAGGCAGUUUCCUAACCAUCAUAUCGGUAUUUUACAAUGGCCACUGGUAGCCCUAUAAUAAACGGAGAUGUCCCCCCUGGGCAUUCGGGGACCUUGGAGGAAACCGUGCAACAGAUCAACGUCCUGAUCCAGGAGAACAGAGACCUGAAAGACUCCCUGCAGAAGAGCAAUCAGGCGAUGAAGGAGCGCUUCGAGGGUCUGUCGGCUUGGCGGGAGAAACAGCAGGAGGAACGUGGCCUUCUGGAGAGCAGUCUGGAGAAGGCCACAAGCCGCCUGGAGGCAGUCACCGCUGAAAACCAGGAGCUGCGCACAAAGCUGGAGGAGCUGAGCGCAGGCGGCAAGGCAAAAUCAGUGGCAGAGACGGACGCCUUGUGCGCGCAGGUGGCUCGCCUGCAGGCAGAGAAGAACGACCUGUUGGCCAUUAACUCUGAACUCCAAGUCAACGAGGGGCGAAGGUCGGACGAUGACUCCUUCAUCGAGAUCAUCACCUUCAUGGAAGGUGAGGAGGAGAACAAUGGGGCAGAGGGCAGUGAGGAAAAGAAGAGAAGGGAACUGGAUGCAAGCAAGGGGUCCAAUCUGACCGUCCACGAGCUGCUGCAGUCCCUGAGGGAUGAGAGCCAAAGGGCGGGGAAGCUGCAAGAGGAGCUCCAGGCUUCUGAGUCCCGAGUGGCCGGGCUCCAGGGGAAGAUGAUCUGCUCCGACAGCUCGUCACAGACCUCCCUCCCACCAGAGACCCCCAAAACAACUCAGCCGGAACAGGAUCAGGCUGCGAGCGAGGUGGAGAACCUGCGGGCCCAGAUGUUGAGCCUGUUCAAUGAGCUGCAGCAGGCUCAAAACAAGCUGGACGAGGCAGAAGGCAUGAAGAAGGGUCUCCAGGACAGGUGUCGCGAGGUGGAGCAUGAGGUGGCGACGCUGCAGGCGCAGCUGGUGGAGAAGCAGGCGGUGCAGGCGGAGAACGAGCAGCUGCGUCUGAGGGUGGACAGCAUGACGGCGCAGGGUCAGAUGGAGCAGAGGAAGAUCGGAGAGGAGAAGAACAACCAUGACCAGCUGAAGGUAGCCUACACCAAGCUCUAUCAGGACCAUGAGGCCCUCAAGACAGCAUUGGAGAAGAAAGAGUCUGAGUCCGUGCCGAGCUCUGUUCUGGAGGAUCUGGGGGCCCGGCUGACUGCGGCGGAGGAGGCUCUGGUCCACAAGCAGGAACACAUCGACGAGAUGAAGCAGGAGAUCUUCCAGAAGGAGAAGGAGCUGGAGACCAUCUCUGUCUUCCAGGCACAGGCGGAUGUGUACUCGUCAGACUUCUACGCUGAGCGCGCCGCGAGGGAGAAGAUCCACGAGGAGAAGGAGCAUUUGGCCACCGAGCUGGACUUCACCAAGAAGUUAAACCGUCAGCUCCAGGACGAGCUUGAGUCGCUGGGCCGUCAUUCGCUGUUUGAGAUGAAGAAGAGACACUUGCCGGCCGGAGGAAAUCCACACGGGGGCGCUGCAGCGCAAGGUGGAAGAGGUGGCGAUGGCAGAGACUGGCAGCAGCAAGUGAACAUUCCUGAGCACGUCUGUCCCAAGUGUAAUGUCAACCUGCCCGACCUGGACAGUCUGCAGAUCCACAUCAUGGAUUGCAUCAUAUGAACCUCUUCCAGCAUCAGCACCAGCCUCCAGCCUCUCCAACAGUCAUUGUACCUUAACUCAAGUCUUCCCUCAUCUUCUUGGUUGUUCGAUACACUACUUCAAAAGUCUUCUCUUCCCUCAUGCUUCUUUGGGCCAGGGGGUGAUAAGGCCUAUUUUUCGAAUAUAUCAGUAUGUUUCUUUGUCUGCAUAACCUAGUAGCUUAAUCGUUUGUGUUAAUCCAGAGCGAUGUGACGAUGUUCACACACGUUCAGGGAUCAGACUGUGGCCCAAGGGCACUUCAGCAGAAUGGAUUUCUCUAUAUACAGUACGGUUGGGAAGGGUGGAUGGGGUACACUAGGGACUGUGAAUCCUUUGCAACCGUUCUGUAUGCAAUUGUGUUAUUUUAGUAUCUGAGCUUAUUAUGUAAUACAAGAGGGAAAUAGGGGUGUUUGUCUUUGGAUUGCACACAUCAUUGAGCUGGUGUAUGUACUGGAGAGAGAGAGAUGUAUAGAAACAGUGGAUAAUUGUUGUGUGUAGCCAGAUCUUUGCCGAUCAAAUAACCAAAGUUCGCCUUUAUAAAUGGGUUGGAUUGUGAGGUGGUGGUUAUUUUAUGGUCUCAAAAAGUUGUUUCCGUUUUGAACGUUCAAAAAAAUCAUACUCUGCUAAGACAAUGCCAUGGGUGUUCUUCAGUGGAAGGAAGAAUUGUAUAUUAUUUUAACCCAUGUUGAGUGUGCACCUCAGACAAUUUUCAUCAAUUUUCAUCACAAUCAAAAAAGAUUUAUUUGAGAUAUAUUAAUAAGUAAAUAAUAUUUGCGUUCAUCUCUUACUUAGCCAGUUGCACUUUAACAAGGGAUUUAUUUUACCCACUAUGCAAAUUUUAUUUUGUUGAUAUGGAAGUAACGAUUAAUAUUGGGUUAAUCAAUAUUAUAAUAGGACAUAUAUGAAGAACACAGAACACUGGAUGUCGGCAGUGGCUAUAAACUGCCCCUAGAACUGAAAGAGGUGUUAGUGAUGAUAACAGUGUAUGUGCUUUAAUUACAUCCAAUAAAACAUAUACAAUCAUUGCA